UAAGUGAGCCGAAUCGCGGAGAUACUUUGAUUUUCGAAUAAAAAAUAUUGUCGGUUGAGUGAGUUCGCGAGUUUAAGAUGGUGUGGAAAUUCGUGUCCGAUUUUCCAAUUAGUGCGUUCACGACCGUUUCCAAGUGUCGUUUUCUCGCUUAGUUCGUGUGUAAUUGAUCAAUAAAUUGUGUCCGGUGAUUGUUUUGUUGGCUCACUAGUCUUUAGAUUACUAGUAAUUCGCCAAUUACGAACAACAAUUCCGAACAAUCACUUAGAAUGAAGAGAAAUGAAUCCGAAACGAACCCUGCAUCGACAAAUCAGGAGGAAGAAGUUUCGAGAAGUAUAAAUUCCACCCGAUGUCAUCAGGGUAUUCACAUGGGCAUUUACGGAUGGAGGAAAAAAUGUUUAUACGCACUUAUUCUAGUGCUGCUGUUUAUGGUAAUAGUUAACUUAGCCUUAACUUUGUGGGUUUUGAAAGUGAUGGAUUUCUCUUCGAAUGGCAUGGGUCAAUUAGAAAUAAUUCCAGGAGGCCUAAGACUGAAAGGAAACGCUUUUGUGUUAGAAAAUCUAGUAGCCAGUCAAAUUAGAUCUAGAAGAGGAGAGCCAAUAGUGGUGGAAUCCAGUAGAAAUAUUAGUCUGAAAUCUAGGAACAAACGCGGAUACCUUAGUAGCUAUAUUCAUUUAGGUGUGGAUAGGUUUGAGUGUUCAACCAAUCGCUUCCACAUACUAGAUGACCGAGGUCAAGCCGUGUUUUCGGCGGACAGGAAUCAAGUGACCGUUGGUACUGAUAGUCUGAGGAUAACAGGUGAAGGAGGUACCUGUUUCAAAGGAUCAGUGCAAACCAAAUUGGUGAGGGCAGAAACUGGACAUGACUUAAGAUUGGAAUCAUCAACUCGUGGUCUACAGAUUCGCGCGCCCAGAGACCUGCUCCUAGAGUCGAGAGGCGGUCACGUGAGCACCAUCGCUCUGAACGACGUUUCGUUCAAAAGCGAAGUGGGCGCCAUCCAUCUUCAGUCCUCAUCCGUGAUGGUGCCGCAACUGCCCACCGCCAAGGUCACCAAUCGGCCAAUGACGGCCCGGAGCUUUGAUGUCUUCCAGUUGUGCGCAUGCGAGAGCGGCAAACUGUUUCUUGCGUCGCCGCACGCGGUCUGCGCCAGCGAAAACGAAGACGGACUAUGCCGAUAAUGUAGGUCUCUUCGUAUCGCGAGAUUGUAAGCGCGCGCCAGUUUUCUAGUUUAAGAUUUAGGCACGGCAUAUAAAACAAUCGGCAGUCUAACUCUGCCUAGAUUCCAUGGUUUAAAAUGUCUAUAAAACUUGACCUUGACAACGCCAUUCGAGUAGCCAAGCCAGGGCUAGAUUAAAAUGUAUCAAACAUUUCCCAGAAAUAAACUAUUGAUAGACAGGGUCGUAU